AUGGGGGUCCCCUGGACCCUGCUCAGAGAAGCUGCACAAAGCUGUGAUGCUGCAGAACUACAGCCACUCAGUCUCAGUGGUUUGGGAAGAAAAGACCAGUCAGUAACUGGGAGUCAGAGUUAUACUGUGAAUCUUCAAGGAGAAGUGUACAGGAACCCUGAACUAGAUCUUUCUCUGUGUCAAAAGUGGGGAGAAGCCUCUUCUCACAUUUCCAGAAACAAGAGCAAUGGCAUGACCCUUCAAAGUCAUGAUUUACAAAACAUGGAAAGUAAAGAAUAUUUGUCUUUGAAAGUUCCUAGCCAAAUGGCCACACAGGACUCCUCAGUGACAUUUUGUAAGAAUGAGCCCCAGGAUCCUCAGGAAAGCAAAAGUCUGUUUGUAACUGAAGAAAGCACCGAGAGAAAAGCACUGGGAGGGAAAAGUCCUCCCACAGACCGUUGUUCAGAGACCCUUCAUAUUAGACUUGUGUCUGAUGUAAUAGAGCUGGUCUCACCAUUGUUCAGUAGCGAAGCUAUUUGCCAGAAUAGCCAAUUGAAAGAAUCCUUGGAUCCCUUUGACUGUGACUGUAGCAGCACUUAUGGUUGGAAGUCACGGGUGAUCGGUCAUCAGAGAGCUCAUACCAAGGAGCAUCCCUGUAAUCAUUCUGACUCUGGCAAAAUACCUAAUACCAGCCCAGAUAGUCAUCCACGUGAGAAAAGACGCAUUGCAGAGAAACAAUACCGAUGCAGUUGGUGUGGUAAGGAUUUCAGUGACAGCUCAGAACUACUACUUCAUCAGAGAGACCACAAAGAAGAAAAGCCCUACAAAUGUGAGCAGUGUGGAAAGGGCUUUGCAAGGAGCUCAAGUCUCCUCAUCCAUCAAGCAAUCCACACUGAUGAGAAACCUUAUAAAUGUGACAAGUGUGGGAAGGGCUUCACAAGGAGUUCAAGUCUGCUCAUUCAUCACGCCGUCCAUACAGGCGAGAGACCGUAUAAAUGUGACAAGUGUGGGAAGGGCUUUAGUCAGAGUUCCAAACUGCAUAUCCACCAGCGAGUGCACACCGGCGAGAAGCCCUAUGAGUGUGAGGAGUGUGGAAUGAGCUUCAGUCAGCGCUCUAACCUGCACAUUCACCAGCGAGUCCACACGGGAGAGAGGCCCUACAAAUGCGGAGAGUGCGGGAAGGGCUUCAGUCAGAGUUCGAACCUUCACAUUCACCGGUGCAUACACACAGGGGAGAAGCCUUACCAAUGCUAUGAGUGUGGGAAGGGCUUCAGCCAGAGCUCAGAUCUCCGCAUCCAUCUCAGAGUUCAUACUGGGGAGAAGCCCUAUCACUGCGGCAAGUGUGGGAAGGGAUUUAGCCAGAGCUCAAAACUCCUCAUCCACCAGAGAGUACAUACUGGAGAAAAGCCCUAUGAGUGCAGCAAGUGUGGGAAGGGCUUCAGCCAGAGCUCCAACCUCCACAUCCACCAGCGGGUUCACAGGAAAGAUCCCUGUUAAUGAGCUCUUCAAUUAUAUGCUCGUGCUCUAAAGACUUAAAUAGUUUUAACAUCACUCUUACUUUUAUAUUCUAUGAAAGAGAAAGAUAAUGCGUUAUUAAGAUAUGUUCCCUUACUGAAAAGAAUCCACUCAUUUAAAUUAUUUA